CAUUGCGCACGCCCAGCAGGGAGAGGCGGGAACCGGCCCGUGGGUGCGCGCGUGCGCAGUGCGGGCGGGCGCCAUUUCUGGGACGGGUUUGGAGGGGCUGCGGAGCGCGGUGUCGCAAUGGCUCGGAACGCGGAGAAGGCCAUGACGGCCUUAGCAAGAUUUCGGCAAGCUCAGCUCGAGGAAGGAAAAGUUAAGGAGCGAAGACCUUUCCUUGCCUCGGAGUGCAACGAGUUGCCUAAAGCUGAGAAAUGGAGGCGGCAGAUCAUCGGGGAGAUUUCCAAAAAAGUGGCACAGAUUCAAAAUGCUGGAUUGGGUGAAUUCAGAAUUCGGGACCUGAACGAUGAAAUAAACAAACUUCUGAGGGAGAAAGGACACUGGGAAUUCAGAAUAAAGGAGCUGGGGGGUCCGGAUUAUGCUCGGAUUGGACCGAAAAUGUUAGACCAUGAAGGGAAAGAAGUUCCAGGAAACAGGGGGUACAAGUAUUUUGGAGCUGCAAAGGAUUUACCAGGAGUUAGAGAACUUUUUGAAAAGGAACCCCUCCCACCGCCUCGGAAAACGCGAGCUGAGCUUAUGAAAGACAUCGAUGCGGAAUAUUAUGGCUACAGGGAUGAAGAAGAUGGGAUUCUGGAGCCGCUGGAACAAGAAUAUGAAAAGAAACUUCUAGCAGAAGCAGUGGAAAAAUGGAAAAUGGAGAGAGAAGCACGUCUUGCAAGAGGUGAGGAAGAGGAAGAGGAGGAAGUAAAUAUCUAUGCUGUCAACGACGAUGAGUCUGAUGAGGAAGGUGGCAAGGAAAAAGAAGGUGAAGAAGGCCAACAGAAAUUUAUUGCACAUGUUCCAGUGCCAUCUCAACAGGAGAUCGAGGAAGCUCUUGUACGGAGAAAGAAGAUGGAGCUUCUUCAGAAGUAUGCCAGCGAAACCCUCAUGGCACAGAGCGAGGAGGCAAAAACCCUUUUAGGAUUGUAACAUGGCACCAGUAUGUCCUGGGUUUUAUAUGACCUGUCCUAAAGCAGCAGGCUCGUGUGUUCUGGUAGCAAUCACUUUUAGCUCUGAAAGUCCCGUUGGAUGUUAAGAGUAAACUGAUGAAGUUGCAGUGUGUUCUGCAGAAAGAAAACCACUGUUUUGGUUUAUCCACUGAAAUGACUUGCGCUUUGGUGGUGAAAAAGGUCAGACCUAGAUUAACGUGUCUACAUCUUCAGCAGGUGGCUCUGGUGCUAUCACUUUGUAAAGCAGUCUGUGCAGUGGUGCCUCGUACAGAUAGAGCUGCGAACCCAGUGGCUCCUUAAAUCCCGAGGGGAAGCUGGCAGACGUUCUUGCCGCUCUGUCCCUGCUGUCCAUGUACACAGCUUUCCAUGUUGAUUUUUGCCGACCCAAGUCCAGAAGUGACUUGUUGCGUUACCCCUGCUGAGUUUACCAGAACAGCCUGGGACCUCUUCAGAGGUGCCUUGGUGGGAGAUCUUAGGAGUGACUUUGAAGAUGAUUCGGUUUUUUAUAUAACACACCAAUGUGUCUAAAAGCUGUUACGUGCUUUGUGGUUUGUAACUGUGCCUGGGUGAAUUGCUUAAAUAAAUGCUGGAUAUUUCAGCAGCUAUUGUAAAUAAUUCCAACUUUGCAAGACCAUGUUCAAGUACUGUUUAGUAAAGUUUAUUUACAACCUGA